AUGUCUAAGCCAGCCAUUGGCUUUGUCGGCCUCGGAGCCAUGGGCUUCGGCAUGGCCACCCACCUCGUCCAUGAGGGAUACCCCGUCUACGGCUACGAUGUGUUUCCAGCCUCGGUGCAGCGGUUCCAAGCAGCGGGGGGCAUCCCAGCCUCGUCAUUGCGUGAAUCCGCUGAGGGGAAGUCCUUCUACGUGUGCAUGGUGGCUUCGGCGCCGCAGGCGCAAGCCGUCCUCUUCGGGGAUGAGGGCAUCGUACAAUAUCUCCCCCAAAAUGCCACACUUCUCCUCUGUUCUACAGUCGCCGCAUCCGACGCCCAAUCAGUUGCAGCAGAACUGGCCUCACGCGGCCGGACGGGUAUCCACUUCGUCGAUGCGCCGGUCUCUGGAGGUGCGAUGCGCGCUGCAAACGGCACUCUCUCCAUCAUGGCGGGCGGUUCCGAUUCUUCCCUACAAAUAGCGCGUGACCUGCUGCAGGAGAUGUCUGCCCCGACCAAGCUUUACCUUGUUCCGGGGGGUGUGGGAGCGGGCAGUAACAUGAAAAUGGUGCACCAGGUGCUGGCUGCCAUUCACAUCCUGGGUGCCAGUGAGGCCAUGGGAUUGGCAGCGCAGCUGGGACUAGACGCACGAAGUACUGCAGAGCGGAUCAAGGGCUCGGAGUCGUGGACAUGGAUGCAUGAGAACCGUUUUCCGCGGAUGGUGGAAGAGGACUGGAAUCCUGGGGCAAGCGCAUUGACGAUCAUCCUGAAGGAUGCUGGAAUCAUCACUACAUCAGCCCGUCAGAGCCACUUUCCUAUUCCGCUCUGUGCCACGGCAGAGCAGAUCUAUCUCUCUGCUCUCCUGCAGGGCUACGGCCCCAAGGACGACUCUGCCAUGGUCCGCCAGUAUUACCCGCACCCGAUCAAAGACGUCGAUACUUCUUCAGCAAAGGGGGAUCCCGAAACUGCAACGCAAUUGGUACUCGACCUGAUGCAGGGCGUCAACCUUGUCGCGGCUGCAGAGGCCAUCGCCUUUGCGCGCUCACUGGGCGUCGAUAUGGCACAAUUCUUUGAAUUGGUCAGUGACGCAGCAGGCGGAAGCAAGGUAUUUGUCACAAGAGGAUUGGAAAUGAUCGAGGGGAAAAUCGGGGCGCAGGCGCCUGCCGGGACAGAAACUAUAGACGAGGUAGUGAGUCGGUUGGAAAGGGUGGUGCAGAAAGCGCGGGAUCUGCACUGUCCGGUCCACCUGGGCAAUGCAGCGCUGAGCGUCUUAUUGAUGGCGAAGGGGAAGGGACUCGGACGAGAGGGGAGUACCAGCGUGAUCGGUGUAUAUCCGUAG